CCCUCGUAGGCUGACACUGGACUCCUUGCCUGCACCUCGCUUGGCGCAGAGCGGCACACACGCAGCCUGAAAGUGUGGCUGACACAUAAGAGCACGGCUGGACCUCACGUGAGCCAACCCGGGAGAAACGGGACUUCAGAGCAGGGCAGGAUUUGAAAGGCAGAUGGCGCUCCUUCAGGCUAAUAAAGAUCUCAUUUCCAUAGGCAUGAAGGAAUUUAAUGCUCUACUGAAUCAGCAGGUCUUCAGUGACCCUCCUGUCUCUGAGGAAGCCAUGGUGACGAUGGUGGACGACUGGGUGAACUUCUACAUCAACUACUAUAAGCAGCAGAUGACGGGAGAGCAGCAAGAGCAGGACCGGGCCCUGGAGGAGCUGCGGCAAGAGCUGAACACUCUGUCCGUCCCUUUCCUGGCCAAAUACAGGGCCUUCCUGAAGUCCUUGUGAGCACCCACGUCACCGCUGCCUUCCUCCCGGCCCCGAGACCGAGGCCUGCAUCGCCAGGGAGCCCUGGCUCCUGCCUCGUGCUUUUCAGUGCUCAGCUCUGCUCCUGGGUGUUCCUCUACCUGGACACCCCAAUAAAGACCACCCUGGCUUUGCUGGUC